AUGCCGCCGCAUCACCGAGAAACAUGGGGAUACCGCAGCGUCCGCGCGCUCCCCUCCGACGGCUUCUCCGCUGAGAUCCAGUUCUGCGGGAUGCGCCUCGACCUCGGCAAUUUUGACACCACCAACAAGGCCGCCCGCGCGUACGACACGGCGGCAUGGCACCACCGGUGGCCUCAUAGAACAUCGAACUUCCCCAACGUGCCGACGCAGGAGCGGGCGCAGGAGCUCGCGCCUCUGCCGCGGCUUAGCACCAACGAGGAUCGUUGCGACAACCGGAGGCGGGAGCACCGUCUCGGCAUCGCUCAGAUGGACGAGGAAUCCAUGGUGCUGUGGCGCCAACACUUCCCGCAGGACAUCAUCAACGAGCGCGAUUUGUACGCGCAAAGGAGGGCAGAGAGGGAUAAGAGGAGGGUGGAGCGAUCCGCCUAUCGCGAGGACAAGCGUAGGCGAAAAGCGGAUGCUCAAUUCAUCAUGAGGCUAGGAGCAGCG